CCCUCCCCAUACCUAUAGAUCUUGUUAUAAGUAUCUGCAUCACUCAUUGGGAAAUGAAGGUGUAAAUUGCUAGAUUGAUCUACUGUCAAUUAACUCUGAUAAAGAUCAUAACUUUCUUUCUUUGUUUAGCUUUCAAACAAAACUAACACAAACAAACAUAAUGUGCUCAUGACGGCUACUCUUUCCUCUUUUACCUCUGCCCUAAUGAAGAAUCAAUCAUCAGUGAAUUCCAUUUCUCAACUUGAUGAUUAUUCUCCUGGAUCAACAACUCAGCCAAUACCUAACUCACAAAACCCUGAAACAAGAACAGUCAAGAGGACCCGCGAUUCAAGCACGAAGCACCUGGUCUACCACGGUGUUCGGAUGAGGAGUUGGGGCAAAUGGGUGUCGGAAAUUCGCGAGCCAAGAAAAAAAUCAAGAAUAUGGCUCGGGACUUUUCCGACACCAGAAAUGGCGGCCAGGGCACAUGACGUGGCUGCCGUUUGCAUAAAAGGAAGUUCCGCAAUUCUUAACUUCCCCGAGCUCGUGGGAUCACUGCCGAGGCCUGUUUCCUGCUCUCCAAGAGACGUGCAGGCCGCGGCAGCUAAAGCAGCCGCAAUGACAGAAUUCGACUCUCCAAGUUCUUGUAUAGAAACAGCAUCAGAUGACCUUGAUGAAAUAAUUGAGCUGCCGGUUUUAGGAACGAGUUUUGAGUCGCUAGAGUUGAAUAACGAGUUUGUGUACACCGACUCGAUGGUGGACGGGUGGUUGUAUCCACCACCAGUGGUGAACAGCGGUGAUGAUCAUGAGGAUAGGUAUGUUUCCGGGCAAGAACAAGUGAUUAAUACCGCCUUUGAAUCUUCAUGGUGGAAUUAUUAGCGUGUUAUCUUUUUGGGUUUAUUACUUUUGCUUUUUACUGUUUUCACUUUGGCCCUUUUUAUUUUUUCAUCCAAGGGUUACAUUUGUUUGUGAUUGUGUUGUCUAUGUUUUGUCAUUUGUGAACUCAUUGAUGACUUUUGUUGAUAUGUAAAUAAAAUAACCAUAAGUCUCUCUCUGUU